AUGGAGGCAAAGAAGGACACAGAUAUGGAGCAGUCAUUAUCAUCCAUGGAGUGCCCAUUCUGCGGGUGGACAAGCGAGUGGCGGGAACAUUAUGAGAUGUUGAUGCACAUGGAGCUUUACCACCCUGAGGACGGAAAGAAGUCUCCUUUUGUUCCGGAUGAGGGCCUUCCAAAUCCAGCCAACACGGCAGAGGAUUCUGACGGAGCCGGCAAUGGUUAUGUGCAAUGCCCUCUUGACGAAUGUGAUGAGGUCCUUGUUAGGGACGAGCUGGACUACCACCUGGAGCUGCACUCGGAAGAGGCAGAGGAGAACAAUGUGGCCUCUCGCACACCAACACCAAACCCAUCCGCGCCGCAGGUGGCGGCUGCGGCACCAGCAGGACGGGGCUACCUGCCAGAACCUGAGCUUGUGCCGAGCAGCGACCCCCCAUCCGAGGAAUCCUACGUCGAGAUCCCAAAGUCUAAGCAGCAGCGGGCCAUCGCCGCCUGGAGGAACAUGUUGGCCAUGCCGAGCAAGCGGCGCCCUAAGAAGGCGGACAGCAGCAGCAGCAGCAGCACGCCGCCGGGGGGCACGCCGCCCUCCUCCAGGCCAGCCAACGGCGGCAUCACCAAGAAGGGCCCCGUCAAGCUGGGCAGGGCCGAGCUGGGCCGCUACCACAGCGAGCAGCGCAUGCCGGACUGGCUCGUCGCGCACCUUAAAAAGUACGGGCAGGCCGUCGGGCGGGACGUGAUCCCCGUCAUCGCCCAGCUGCUGGAGCAGUCGCCCACCACCGAGUACGCCUACCUGUGCCACCCGUGCACGUGGCACGUGUCCAAGCUGCGGCGCGAGGGCGGCUUCUGCGGCUACAGGAACAUCCAGACGGUCAGCUCGUACGUCAUCGGGGCCGGCUUCGGGGGCGCGCACCACUUUGGCGGCAAGCUGCCCUCCGUCUUUGACAUCCAGGACUACGUCGAGGCCGCGUGGGACAAGGGCAUCAACAGGCAGGGCCGCAUCGAGACGGGCGGAAUCCUGGGGACGCGCAAGUACAUCGGCACCCCCGAGGCGCAGGCCAUGUUCGUCUCGCUGGGGAUCGCGUGCGAGGCGCAGGGCUUCAAGAACAAGGAGGAGGCCGGCAGGGCCGAGGCGCAGAUGCUGGCGUCGGUGGAGCGCUACUUCCAGCAGGGCGUGUCCGACCCGGCGGAGCGCGUGCGGCGCACCUCGCUGCCGCCCAUCUACUUCCAGCACGCGGGCCACUCGAUGACCAUCGUCGGGAUCGAGCAGCUGCGGGACGGCGGCGGCGUCAACCUGCUCGUCUUCGACCCCAUGUUCCGCGACUCGUCCGUCAUCCUCGAGCGGGUGGGCCAGACCUUCACGUACAAGCACCCCGACCACGCCCUCAAGGCGUACCGGCGCGGGCACAGGUACCUCCGGCGGUACAGGGAGUUUGAGCUGCUGAGGUUGGUCACCAGGGAGACGCGGCCCGUGGGCGGGCCUGUGCCUGUGGCGGGUGGUGGUGCUGGAGUGGCAGGGUCGAUGGUGGCACCGAGCUAG